CAGGCGCUUACGUUUCCCAUGACACCACAACGCUUGCGUAACCUGUAGUCGUACGUCACAGUCUCAUCUCGCGAGACUUGUGAGGAAACUCUGGAAGAGCUGUUCGGUAGGAGACGAGGAGCGCCUGAUCAAUUCCUUAUGGCAGAAUGUGAGCCCAGUUGAUAUCAUGGAGCAGAAGGGAAGUUUAGUGUCCAGAGCAAACAGCAUUGGAUCCACCAGCGCGUCGUCCGUACCUAACACAGCCUGCAACAUGAUGGACAAUGCUUGUUCCCUAACCUCAGAUGACGAGGACAGUGAUGAUCGCCAAGAGACCAUAAAGAAUGACUACAAGGACCGGCGAAGACGGGCGCACACACAGGCCGAGCAGAAGAGGAGAGAUGCUAUCAAAAAAGGUUACGAUGAUUUGCAGUGCAUUGUGCCCACUUGUCAGCAGCAAGACAUCGCAAUUGGGACACAAAAACUCAGCAAGGCUGUUGUUCUGCAGAAGACCAUAGAUUAUAUCCAGUUCCUGAAUAAGGAGAAGAAGAAGCAGGAGGAUGAUGUGUCCACACUACGGAAGGAGGUCAUGGCUUUGCAGAUUAUGAAAUCAAACUAUGAGCAGAUUGUAAAGGCUCAUCAAAACAAUCUCCACGAGGGCACAGAUCAAGUUCCAGAUGAGAUGAAAUUCAGAGUGUUCCAAGGCAUCAUGGAUUCCCUUUUUCACACCUUUAAUUCUACUGUUUCUGUGAACAGCUUCCAAGAGCUGUCUGCUUGUGUAUUUGCCUGGAUAGAGGAGCACUGUAAGCCGCAGACACUGCAAGACAUCGUAAUUCGAUUUCUUCACCAGCUGAAGAACCCACUAUACUAAGAGCUAAUUCCUCGUGUCUUGCCAGAGAUAAAAGCCAAGCAGUUGGCAGUGGUGCGGAUGAAUCAGAAGUGGCGUGCCUUGUAUGAUGUGUUCAAUGGUUCUGUGUUGCUCAGUACUGCCAAUUUUUACCAAUGCCUCAACGCUACUAAUUGCGCCAUUGUGUAUCUAUUUAACUACAGAAGAAAGAUGUGGCGCCUGAAUGAGUUUGUAUUCAGGAACAUUUUGCCUUUGGAAUCCAUUCUUGAUCUGUAGCUAAAGGGCUGAAGAUAAAGUCCUUAUUUGCUUGUGACUUCACUGAAAUCUCCUUGAGGAGGGGAGACCUUCAGUUCUAGAGAAUCCCCUUUUAUUCUUGUAGGUUUUGUGCUAUAAUCAGCUUAUUGAGUCUUAAAAUGAUUGCAGUUUUUCUAUAGUUCAGCACCUUUUCAUUAAAAUCUUAAUAUAUUUAA